AAUCCAAGUGAAGCAAAGGAAAAACCCUCCAGAUCUCGUUCAAUUCAAAUAGUACGAUAUCCAGAACUCAACCUCAAAUAUGGCGGACGACGAUUCAAUCAGGGAUGAUGCACCAGAUUCCCCUUCAAAUUCAUUAUCUUUUGAUAGGGCUCGGCACAUACGCUUUUUGGAGAUGAUGUACCAACUGUUGCCAUCCCCAUAUCAAACCCAAGAAAUCAACCGCAUCACACUCGCAUACUUCGUCAUCACUGGCCUCGACAUCCUCGCUGCUCUUGAUCGCACUGACAAAGAAGCAAUGAUUCAUUGGGUUUUGUCAUUGCAAUCUCAUCCAAAGAACGAGGUUGAAUUGAACAAUGGACAAUUUUAUGGUUUCCAUGGUUCUAGAAGCUCUCAAUAUCAUUUGACUGAUGAUGGGGUACAUGAACAGGUAGCAAUCCCCAAUGGAAGUCACCUGGCAAGCACUUACUGUGCCCUAGCCAUAUUAAAGACUGUUGGCUAUGAUUUAUCACUUGUUGACUCUAAAUCUUUGCUAGGAUCAAUGAGAAACCUUCAGCAGGCUGACGGGAGUUUUAUGCCCAUUCAUAUUGGGGCAGAGACGGAUCUCCGGUUUGUAUUUUGUGCAGCGGCAAUUUGUUCCUUGUUGAAGAACUGGAGUGGUAUGGACAGGGAGAAAGCUAAGAAUUACAUAAUAAGUUGCCAGUCAUAUGAUGGUGGUUUUGGGUUGAUACCUGGUUCAGAAUCUCACGAAACUGUCUCUCUUUGGUGGAUUGCAUUGAAAUUGUGCUUUCCAUUGCCCUGUAUCCCUUGCCAAGGCCCCUUUAAAUGUGUCACAGGUGGUGCCACCUACUGUGCUGUUGCAGCUCUCCGACUGAUGGGAUUUAUUGAUAAAGAGAUACUGUCCAAAAAUGCAUCUUCUUGCACCAUAAACGUGCCAUUGCUUAUUCAUUGGAGCUUGCAGAGGCAGGCACAAGAUGGUGGCUUUCAAGGUAGAAUAAACAAGUCAGCUGAUACAUGUUAUGCCUUUUGGAUUGGAGGAGUUCUAAGGAUCUUGGGGGCUGAUAAAUUCAUUGAUGAGGGAGGUUUGCGUGGAUUUCUAUUAACAUGUCAAUCAAAGUAUGGUGGUUUCAGUAAAUUCCCGGGUUUGCUGCCAGAUCUUUACCAUUCUUUUUAUGGAUUUUGUGCAUUUAGUCUGUUGAAGGAACCUGAUAUCAACGAUUUAUGUGUUGAAAUGGGAAUAACAGCUAUUGCGACGAUUGGACUCUGACUCAACAAUUAAUCUUAUCCUUUUUCACUUUAUAGUAUCAUUUGGAUCUGGCCUCAAUGCUACAAUAUUGGAGAGUACUCUUUAAAGAAGCUAACAGUAUUUUGAGGACAAUUGUCUGCUAGAAAUUGCCUUGAGUUAUCCAAAGUAUCUUUCUUCUUUCUUUUUGAUUUGAUUUAUAUUGCUCGACUUGUAAGUAUAAUAUUGCUUAGUUUUGCCCCUUUUCUAUUCAACGAGAAACGAUUCCAUUUUCUCUGGACUGUAAUUUUAAAGAAAAUGAUGUAAUAUUUUUCGGUCCCACCUUUUUUGGAGAAUCAUUUUUCCUUUUGUUACUACGUGGUGAUGAAGU